UUUAAAUUCUAAGUCCCUGGACUUUUUUUCCUACUUUUUUACUAUUUCAGGUAGUAUGCCCAGCUUUAGCUUCCAGACAGGGCUGUUACCCACACAAAUGAUCAGUCCUUCUCUUGGUCUCACUAAGCUGUUAGCCUUUAUGGCUGCUGUGCACUGACAAUGAGUUCUGUAGCAUGUGUGCAUACAUUUCAGCCUCCUAAUUGUAUGGCUUGAUCAACACUUCUUGACAUAAGGACAGACACUGAUUUAGUUUGUAUGCACCAUCUAUUAUUUUACAUAAUCCACCAGUCUCUUCCAAAUAAUGUAGUUUGGUCUGUUAAAGAUUGAACUGCCUUUUUGAAGCCUCUUUCACAAUUUUUAAGUAUUUCUGAUCUCUUCCCAAUUCUGCUGUGCCAUUAUUAAGGGGGAGGAUGCUGCCCAGAUUGACUCGGAUGAUUUUGCAUCACAAAUUACUGAAUGGCACCAGAAAUGUUUCUGUUUUAUUCAGCACCCGUGCCAGUCUCCACACCUCCUACCUCUUUCCUGUUGACUCUGACUGUGCCACAGGGGCUUUACAGGGGCUGCAGGUAGGCAGGAAACCUGUGUCUGGCUGGAAGCAGCGAGCUCUUCUCUCGCAUUUUGCUGCCACCAUCUUUCUGUUGGUGCUAAAAUUAAUGUGGCUGUGGGACAAAACAGAUUGGAACACUGAUCUGGCUGGAAACAGAUGUGCCGGAAUACCUUCCUCCCUCCCCUCGCCCCCGGCUAUUUGAUGUGUGCACAGUGUCCCACGGGCUGUGCCAACAUAGCAUGGGAGGGUGGGAAGCCUCAGCGGUAGUAUAGGGAUGUGUCAGAAAUUAAUAGGCAUGAAAUCAUGGUACUGUGAUUGCCUCCCCAGCCUGUGAGUUGGAAAUCCAUGUGAUGUGGAUUUGGUCCAUUAGAACCUUUUUGGUAGAUGAGGAUCAGGAGCACUGAUCAUCAAAGCCCUACUUUGUGGGUGGGACUGGGAGAGCUCCUUGCCUUCCAUUUUCUACUCAUCAUGCUACCAGCCUGCAACCUGUUAGUGUCAAAGACUAACAAGCUGAGUUUAGUUUAAAACUAAACUAAUUAUCUGUUUAAAAAUAAACUAAUUACUAAUUAUCUCCCCUGAGCUAGUCUAAUCUUUUUUCUUUUUUUUUUUUUUUUAAACCACAACUGUUUGCCCAGUUAACGGCUGGAAGUCUUCCCUGAAGUGAGCCUAUGUCAGAGGUUGAAUGUGUUUGUUUAGGUGCAUAAACAUGGCUGUGCAUGGUGGGGCUUCCAUCACAGUGUUUUCAUUCACUUCAUGCGUUGUUAAAUGAGAAAAGGACGUGCUCAUUCUUGAGCUGUUUUGGAACAGCUGUGUCAAAAAGCCCCCAAGGACCUCGGACAAUAGUGAAAUCUCUAUGAAUGAUGCUCUUUUCAUCUCUGUCACAGCUUAUGCAGAGUAUAUCUUAUAGUUAUACCAAACUAGUCUAGCUGCGAUAGGGAAAGAAAGAUACAUACAUGAGUGUUUUAUGAGGCUCUUCAGUAUUUCUCCAGACAGAGUUUGCGAAGAAGUGUAGUGAUUGUGGAAAGUAAUGAUUAGAUUCAGACUAGGCAACAUUUCUAUUUAUGUAGGCAUUUCUGAGUGUUUUAAAAUUAGAAUAUGAAAAGUAUCAAAGGACAGUCAAGAUACUGAUCGUGAGACAAAAGCAGGGGCACUUGACUCAUAGUUACUAAAUGAAGCAAUAUUGCAGAAUUUUUCUCCCAAUUUCCAGACUUCCAACAGAAGAGAAAUCAGAAUGAAAGAGUUGAUAGGUCUUCUCAGUUUUGCAGCUUGGCAAACACAAUUUAAGGUUGUUGGUGGUUUCUGACCAGUGCUUUAUUAUUAACCCACCUAUUAGCAGACAGGUUGUUUCAAUUCAUAAGUGCUCCUUUGCAGUGUUAGUAGAUUGAUACAUUAAGACAUAGUCUACUUUCCGCUGCAGUUCAGUUUUUGGUGUAUCUACCUCAAUAGACACAGCAAAAGAGAUGUUUUGUUUAGCUGACUGUUUCUAUCAGGGAUAAAUCCCACUGUGGGGGGUUUGUUUGUUUUGUUUUUAAGGAGAGUGCUUUAUUGGGUAAUGACUCAUAUGCUGGAAUCUGACUUUUCACUCUGAUUAGCCACAGAUACACCCAGAUGUACCUGCCGUUCUGCAAUAGAUAACUUUAGUGUGCAUUGUUUACAUUUCAGAUACAGGGUGAAAAUCAGGCUGUUCAUUCAUUGCGACCUGUCAUGUAGUUGAGUGUGAGUGCACGUCCCUUCAGGCUCCAUUAGCAUGAGUUAACUUUGUAAUUGGGUUUCUGGGGCAAACAGGGACAGGAAGCAGAAGUAAUUUGGCAGGCCAGGCUUAGCUUUUUUGUUCUGUGUGUUGUAAGUGCCCAAGAGAGCAAAAGUAAAAGACCGGUGCAGAAUGGCUGGAGAAAUCCUCACAAAGCAGAGAACAGUUGUCAAAACUUGAUCUGGACGUUACGGAAUAUCAUAGGACUUAACCAAGGAUGACUCUCAGGUUCCUGAAUGUGCGGUCAAAUGCUGACACAUUGAAUUAGCUGAAUCUGCUGCAUUAUUUCUGAUGUUUAAAAAGGCCUAAAGGAAAGUAGAGACCGGCACUUCUGUUACGGUCUUUUAAGGUUGCAUGUCUGGUUGGACUUGAUGCAUGGCAUUUGCAUGACACCAAACAGCCUAGCUGUGGAUGUGUCACUGAGCAAACAUGGCCUACCCAGCAAAUACUAACGGCAGUGCUACAGAAAAAGAGGAAGUUAAUGUAAAUGGAGAAGAUGAAAAAGAACGGAAAGACCCCUAUUUCGUGGAAACACCUUAUGGCUACCAGCUAGACUUGGAUUUUCUGAAGUACGUGGAUGAUAUACAAAAGGGGAAUACCAUUAAGAAACUAAAUAUAAGAAAGAGGAGGAAAGCUGUACCAGCCUCGGUGGGUCCCAAGAACUCUGGUGGCCAGUGCAGUGGCUGGACCUCCACAGAGUCUCUCUCUUCAUCGAACAGUGAUGAGAACAAGCAGUCUUUGGCAGCGAGGUGUCAAGUAACCUUGCCUGUCCCUGCCAAACCCUCGGUUUCCUUUGAAGUAUCUCCUACCUACUUAACUGUCCCAGAGAAUAAACAGCUUCCUCCUCCCUCCCCCCAGCCUCCUCGGCACAACCUCCUUGUAACAAAAACCCUCAUGGAAACACGGAGGCGACUGGAGCAGGAAAGGAUGAUGCAGGUCACACCUGGAGAUGUCCGCAGGCCUCGACUUUCCAGCUUUGGAGGCAUGGGCUCCACAAGCUCCCUCCCCUCUUUUGUGGGAUCCAGUGGGUACAGUCAUGUGUCUCAGCACCUGCAGAAUGGGUAUCAGGGGAAUGGCGACUAUGGUGCCUGUUUCAGCUCCUCAUUGGGCAGUUCCAUUCGUCACAGCCCCAUGAGCUCGGGAAUAUCCACACCGGUCACCAACGUGAGCCCGGUGCAUUUGCAGCACAUCAGGGAGCAAAUGGCAAUUGCCCUCAAGCGUCUCAAGGAGCUCGAGGAGCAAGUCAAGACUAUUCCUGUGCUGCAGGUCAAAAUUUCAGUGUUGCAGGAGGAGAAGAGGCACAUGAUGGCUGAACUGAAAAACCACAGGAAAGCCACUCAAAAUGACACAUACGGUUUCAGGAAGCGAUCCUACAGUGCUGGAAAUGCAGAGCAGUGGGAACACAUGUCUCAGGUGAGAAGAGGUGGAGAACUGUAUAUAGAUUGUGAGGAAGAGAUGGAGAGUGUGGAGCAGAGCUCUCAGAGGAUAGAGGAGUUCAGGCAGCUGACUGCUGAGAUGCAAGCCCUGGAGAAAAAAAUCCAAGAUAGCAACUACGAAAGUCCAGCAAAUCUUCGAGUGAACAAAGAAAGCCUGACAAAAGAAGCCCGAUCUGUUGCUGUGGGUGCUGAUGAGAACAUGAAUGAUGUCGUUACAUACAACAGAUCUGCAAGGCAACACAAAGAAAUAGCUGUAGGAACAGAGAAAGAAGUGAGGGAGUGUGGAGUUGGGGUGACAGAGGCUAUGCUUGGAUUGUCUACAGAGGUUGAGAAGGAGAUAGAGCUUCAGCAACAGACCAUCGAAGCCCUUAAGGAGAAGAUUUAUAGACUAGAGGUUCAGUUAAAGGAAACCACCCAUGACAGGGAAAUGACCAAAUUAAAACAGGAGUUGCAGGCAGCUGGGUCUAGAAAGAAGGUGGAUAAAGCCAUGAUGGCUCAGCCCCAUGUUGUCAGUAGGAUGGUGGAGGCUGUCGUACAAACGAGAGACCAAAUAGUGGGAGACCACGUGGAUGUUGCUGAUUCGUCAGUGGGAAACCAUCUGCAGACAAGCAGCAUUGGCAUCUCCUGCAGACCUGCCGUGCGGAGCAUGGCUGCGGGCCCCGAGCUCCUGAUGAGCCGAUGGCUGGUGAGGGAGAGGGCAGAGGUGCAAGAUCAGGGUACAGGGAGGUCCAUGGAGCUGCAUGACAAGUCAGUGGGCACAGAGACGAGCAUCUGUGAGACAGGCGUCAACACAGAGGAGCCAUCAGAGGUGCUGAGCCCUUGCCAGAUGGCACAGGCGGUUGGAGCAGUGAGGUCUGUGGGCUGCGGGGACUGCUCGGUGAACGUGGUGGUUUGUGUGCCCAAGGAACACGUGUCCCGUGAAACAGCCACAGAGGCUGUACCCAGGGCAGAGGCAAUGGUGAUGGCUGUGCCUUCCACAGCUAGCCAGCAAACCAGCACUGCUUUGGAGAUGGUGAGCCAGUGCACUAGCACAGAGAUGGCCUGCCUGGCAGACUGUGGGACUAACACCACUCUGAGCAGCUGUGAUAAGCAGACCAGCACGGACGGUGUGGAAUUGCGGAGUGUGGCAGUAGGGGAUGGCCGGGUGAAGGACGUACACGCAUCUGCUAAGAUGCGUUCGGUUGGAGUGGGCACCGUGCUCUCUAGCCACCCUGGCUUUGAAAAGUCUUCUGCAAUAAAAACCAAAGACUGUGGCAUUGGACAGAUAAGUGUUUAUGAGAACUAUCUGGUUGGUCUGAAAAUGAGGAGCAUUGCCUGUGGACCCCCUCCAUUGCCGGUUGUCCCAACUGGCACCAGGAGCAUAGGUGUUGGGGGAGAGUCUGUGUGCGACCCAAUCAGUGGUCAGUCGGAGAGCCCUCUGUCUCCAUCUGAGCUGAGGACAGGCUUGGAUCACUACAUUGAACGUGUGCAGAAGCUGCUGCAGGAACAGCAGAUGCUGCUUGCUGAAAAUUACAGUGAAUUAGCAGAAGCCUUUGGGGAGCCCCACUCCCAGAUUGGAUCUCUCAAUUCACAACUCAUCAGCACCCUCACCUCCAUCAACUCUGUAAUGAAAUACGCCAGUACAGAGGAGCUGCGUAGCCUGGACCUUCAGAAGCAGUGCAUGGAGAGAAGCACCCCAUCAGGUGCUACUUUGGAGUACAUCUCUCAUGGCCAACUUGCAAACACACACUUAACUUCAAAUUUGCGAACACUGAAAUUGGAGCAGGACUCUGUGCCCACUCAGGAGGAGAGGAAGAAUCCCCUGGUGGAAGCUGCUCGGGGAAGAAAAUCUUUUUCUUCUCAGGAUAAAGCUCUCACUCCAAUUAAUCUGACGGAUGAUCAGCUUGCCUCAGGUCUCUAUGUAUGUACUAAUAAUGAGAACACACUUAAAUCUAUCAUGAAGAAAAGAGAUGGGAAGAAGGAUUUGAGCAACACCAAGAAGAACCUGCAGUUUGUUGGCAUUAAUGGCGGGUAUGAGACCACAUCCAGCGAUGACUCCAGCUCCGAGGAGAGCUCCUCCUCAGAUUCGGAGGACGAGUGCGAGAGCCACGAGUAUUCCUGCGACCAGCACACAGAAGAGAAGCAGCCCACCCCCCAUGCUGCAGAGGUCUGCACCGUGGGGGCAGAGAAGGACAGUCCUCUCCCAGAGUGUGAGGCUGAGGAGGUGGAAAUCAGAGAGAGGUACGAGCUAAGUGAAAAGAUGCUUUCUGCCUGUAACCUGCUGAGAAACAACGUUGAUGACCCCAAGGCCUUAACCAACAAAGAUGUGAGGUUUUGUUUAAAUACCAUCCAGCAUGAGUGGUUUCGUGUCUCAAGUCAGAAGUCAGCUCUCCCCGAAAUGGUUGGAGACUACAUAACUGCUUUUGAAGAGAUUUCUCCUGCUGUCCUCAGACAUAUCAUCAACAUGGCAGAUGGAAAUGGAAACACAGCUCUGCAUUACAGUGUCUCACAUUCUAACUUUGAAAUUGUAAAGCUUCUUCUGGAUGCAAAUGUCUGUAAUGUAAAUCAUCAGAACAAGGCUGGUUAUACCCCCAUCAUGCUUGCUGCACUUGCAGCUGUGGAAGCAGAGAAGGACAUGAGGAUAGUGGAGGAACUGUUCAGCUGUGGGGACGUGAAUGCUAAAGCCAGCCAGGCUGGUCAGACUGCACUGAUGCUAGCUGUGAGUCAUGGCCGGAUAGACAUGGUUAAAGCUUUACUGGCCUGUGGUGCUGAUGUCAAUAUCCAGGAUGAUGAGGGCUCUACAGCUCUGAUGUGCGCUAGUGAGCAUGGACAUGUGGAGAUUGUUAAGCUGCUGCUGGCUCAGCCUGGGUGUAACAGCACCCUGGAGGACAAUGAUGGCAGCACAGCACUUUCAAUAGCCCUGGAAGCUGGACAUAAGGACAUAGCAGUUCUCCUCUAUGCCCACGUCAACUUUUCCAAAACCCAGUCACCGGGCACUCCCAGGCUUAGCAGAAGGACAUCUCCUGGUCCCACGCACAGAGCCACAUUUGAGUAGUAGUGUAUAAAUAUCUGUAAAAAAUCUCUAUGCCAUCUUUAAGCUGCUAAAUGUUACUGUUUUACUGAGACAGAUACUGAAUGUAAUUGUCUUGUGCCUGAACUCACCAGCAAAGUGAAAGCAGAGAUCUAGUGCUAAAGGUAAAAAACUGUAAACUUGAAGCAAGCAUAUAGUUAAGUAGUGCUCUUAAGUUGAGAACCUUAGCCAGAACUGUUCUUUUGCUCACAUACUCAUCUUUCUGUACUCUGGCAUAAAUCCUGUUUUUCAUUGUUGUAGAUUGUCCUUCCUUAUGUUAUGUGCAGAUUAAGACUUCUGAAGCUAUCCAUGCAGGGGUGUCCCAGUGGCCUAUUUUUAGUCAUUCUAAAAUAUAUUUACUGUGCCUAAACCUCAUCACAGUAAACUUCUCAUAAAUUUCAUUCCAACAUGAUUUUCAUGUUUUUAAUUACUUUGAAAUUCAGAAGUUGCAGUCGCUUAUGUAGUCAGUUCCGUGGAUCUUGAGCUGGUGGGUGAGUGGGUAGGUAUUGGGGAUAGAGCCUCUUGUCAGGUCUGAAGUUCACUAAAUAAGUUGUUGCUAAUUGGGGAUAAUGUAUAACUUUUUAUGUAAAAGAUACUAGUAUCUAUAAAAUUAACUCACACAGUAUUUUCAACAUUUUAUAUUCCGUAAUAAUUAAAACCUACAUGAAGAAUUAUAUGUCCUGUUACCAUAUUUUUAUUAACUGUUUCAGUCUAUAAGCUCCACACAUGUUUAUUGGAGAAUAAAAUUAGAGGUACCAGCUGUAUAUUCCCCUUGAGUGUAAUUGAGUGUACAUCUUGGUGCGUAUUUAUGGAAUGCUAUUACCUUGUCACAUUCAUGUUAGUCAUGUGUAUUGAAAUGUUUGAAGUGCCUUAGACUCUUGCCAUAUUUUCAGAAUAAAAUUUCAUUAUGCUGUUUUA